UGUCAUAGGACAUUUGGGUUGUUUGCAGCUUCUGGCUAUCACUGAUAAGGCCACAAUGGAGCACGUACCUGUGAGGUAUGGUGGGCCAUCUUUUAGGUAUAUGCCCAAGAGUGGAAUAGCCGGAUCUUCAUGUAGAUCUAUUUUCAAUGUUCAGAGGAACCUCCAUAUUGAUUUCCACAGUAGUUGUACCAGUUUGCAGUCCCACCAGCAAUGGAGGAGUUCUCCAGUGUUGAACCGUUUGUACGCUCUGAGCAAAUCUCUGCAAUUGGAGCCCUCCACUUCCAGUGCACUUCCCGUUGUUGUCAAUGGAGAGAAGCAGAGGGCCCACUGUGAGAGCUGGCCAGUGAUAUUCUUGUAUUUUGAUUCUGAUAUACUCUUACUGUAUGUGUUUGAAGGAUGGGUCGUAUUUAUAGGUCUUCCUUUGUGUCUCCUUUCAUCAGUGGCGCCAUCCAUGUUGUGUAAUUUUUACUCACUAGAAUCUGAUUAUAUUGUGUCUCUAGAAAACGAUAGACGUUCAACUAUGUUUUCUGAAAAUAUGCAAUAUUAUGUUAUGAGUUUAAGUUUUUGUUGCUGUAGGGACUUUCUGUGGAGGAAGACUUUUAGUUUUCUCUGCCUGAUCCCAAAGGCUCGCCUCUCUUCAUUUCUUCACAGAUCUGUGUUUCACGGUUGUCGGAAUCAUCCACAUUUGAGGUCUUGCUACUUAAGUGAUUGACGUGGUUAAGACAUUGGAUUUGGGUUUUUAAAACUUUCUCAUAUAUUAUUGUCUCUGUGUCCCAAUUAUCUUCAGUUCUAACAUCUCAGAGCCUACAUCCAUCUGAGGAAGCGUUAAUCAAGGUUAUGACCCCAUCAGAAUGGCUGGUGGCUAUGCCUGCGAGAUUUUGUGUUGACUGAUGAUUGAUGUGGUAAAGCAUUUCCUGGGAGAGUGGACGUAUCCCUUUAAGCAGUGGCCCUGGACUGGAUAAAACGUUUAACUGAGCAUGAGACAGUAACCAAGCAAGGCAGCAAGCCUGGAACCAAUGUUUGCCCGUGGUUUUGCCUUCAAUUUUCAGUGUCAAUUCAGUGUUGUUCCACCCUUGUAUGAUUUACAGAGUCAGAGCCACCGGGAGGGAGGACACUGAGAGUCCAUUGUCUGAAGCUGUGAGGAUGAAGCCCAGUUACAGUUUAAGAGCAGAAGCUGUUGAGAUACCUAAGUUAUGAGACACCUGCCAUGGAGAGCUCCCUAUAGGGAAUGGAAACAACCACAUGGAUGCAGUGAGCUAUGACGAUGUGCAUGUGAACUUCACUCAGGAAGAAUGGGUUUUGCUGGAUCCUUCCCAGAAGAGUCUCUACAAAGAUGUGAUGCUGGAGACCUACAGGAACCUCAGUGCCAUAGGCUACAAUUGGGAAGACCGUCAUACUGAAGAACACUGUCAAAGUUCUAGAAGAUGUGGAAGGCAUGAAAGAAGGCAUACUGGAGAGGAACUCUAUGAAUGUAUUAAAAGUGGUAAAACCUUUGCAUAUCACAGUCAUCCUCAACGGCAUGAAAGAAUUCAUACUGGAGAGAAACCCUAUGAAGUUAUUCAAUAUGGUGAAGACUUUGUAUAUCACAGUAGUCUCCAAAUAUAUAAAAGAUUAGAUAUUGGAGAUAAACCUUAUGAAUGUAGUCAAUGUGGUAAAGCAUUUACCUAUCAUAGUCAGCUUCGAAGACAUAAAAGAACACAUACUGGGGAGAAACCCUACAAAUGUAAUCAAUGUGGUAAAGCCUUUUCUCAAAACGGUCACCUCAUAAUACACAAAAGAACACAUACUGGCGAGAAACCCUAUGAAUGCAGUCAGUGUGGUAAAGCAUUUACAGAUCAGAGUCAACUUCGAAUACAUAAAAAAGCACACACUGGAGAGAAACCCUACAAAUGUAAUCAAUGUGAUAAAGCCUUUUUACAAAACAUUAAUCUCAGAAUACAUAAACGAGCACAUACCGGGGAGAAACCCUACAAGUGUAAUCAGUGUGAUAAAGCCUUUGCGCAGAACGGUCACCUCAUAAUACAUAAAAGAACGCAUACUGGAGAGAAACCCUAUGAAUGUAUUGAGUGUGGGAAAGCCUUUGCAGAUCAAAGUCAGCUUCGAAUACAUAGAAGAAUACAUACUGGAGAGAAACCCUACAAAUGUAAUCAGUGUGAUAAAGCCUUUGCACAGCACAGUAAUCUCCGAAUACAUAAAAGGACACACACUGGAGAGAAACCUUAUGAGUGUAAUCAAUGUGAUAAAGCCUUUUUGCAAAACAUUAAUCUCAAAAUACAUAAAAAAGCACAUACUGGUGAGAAAACUUACGAAUGUAAUCAAUGUGGUAAAGCCUUUGCCCGUUACUAUCAUCUUCAAUGUCAUGAACGAAUUCAUACUGAAGAGAAACCUUACAAAUGUAAUCAGUGUGAUAAAGUCUUUUCACAGUCACAUAGUCUCCAAAUACACAAAAGGACACACACUGGAGAGAAACCCUAUGUAUGUAAUCAAUGUGGUAAAGCCUUCGCAGAUAAUAGUCACCUUCGAAGACACAAAAGAACGCAUACUGGAGAGAAACCCUAUGAAUGUAACCAAUGUGGCUCAGCCUUUUCACAAAGCAGCUAUCUCAGAAUACAUAAAAGAACACAUACUGGAGAGAAACACUUUAUAAGCAAGCCAUAUGGUAAAACCUUUGCAUAUAGCAGUAGUCUUAGACAACAUGAGAAAAGUCAGCCUACAGAGAAACCCCACACAUGUAGUGAGUGUGGCAAAGUUUUGUACUUCCCUGUAUCUUUGUACAUGAGGAAAACCUUCAGUGCGUAAGCAAUCUGUUAAAGACUUUGCAUAUCCCAGUAGUCUCUUUGAGGUUCUGAA